AUGCUUCGACGAACAGAUGACUCGGCGAGGAAACAUCAGUCAUCUUCAAGAACGCAGAAGAUGCUUUCGGAAGAGGCGCUGUCGAGGAAAGAAGAGCGAGAACGUGCUCUACAACGCAUCAUUGAGGAGGCAAAUGAGCUCAAGAGAAAGGAGUACGAACUGCGUGAGGCCAGUGGCACGGUGACAUCGGUGUCGAAACGAUCGGCAGUUCACCCGUCCACUCUGGCACGCUCUGAAUCCCCAUUGUCUCCGAUGUCCAUCAGAAGCGAGGCUGCAGUCACUCGACCGAGCGCUCAGAAAGCUCCUCACCAACGAACGUCAUCCGAUGGGAACAAUAAUUCGAUUCGAAAUGGUUCGAAUGUAUCAUCUAACGUUUUAGCCACUGUGAGACGUAAUACGCCAAUGGUUUCUCCCACACGGCCCAUUGUCCAGCACAGAAAUCUCUACAUUCCACCCAAGACGGCGACGUAUCCCAACGAGAUGAUGUACGUGACAUGGAGUGGCUCCAGUGCGUCCCAUGUCCCUCACACUCGUCACUUGGACGUUCUACAUCAGAAACCAGAGAAGCCAAAGACGUCUCGACCGUCCAUUUCCUCUAUAACCAAGAGCACCUUCUCCUUGGCCAGCUACGAUCCUGAGCGAGAAUCUCCAUCAAGGGGACGAGCAGACAACGCGCCAUCUUUGUCGCGUCAUCCACAACUAUCUGGCUCAGUCAGUUCUCUCCUGACAAAACUGCCAGCAGCUUUUCAACCGACUCCACCUGAAUCUCUCGGAACUCCUUCACCACCGUUGACUCCAAACGCUAGCUCUAACAUCCGCAAAGUGAAGGAAGCGGUCCGACAGCAGUCUCUUGGUCAGAAAGCUGCUAGCAAAAUGUUGCACAAGUCGCAGAUAGAAAAUUCUAAAUCUAUCGCUACUCAAGGUUCAACGAACUCACAGAACUCUCCCAACGCUAAUGUUAGGGGGAACGGAACCCCAGCGUUGUCCAGAUUAAGCUCAGAAAAUGGUGAAAUAACUAAUAAUAUUUCAAAAAUGCUCAAACAGGGACUUCCUGCGCUCAAAAAAGUCGGAGCACCCGUGGAGAAAGGCGGAAUCGCACUCGGAAAAGUGCUCAGCACAAGCACAGAAAACAAUAAGAGCUCCACCACCGCCUCCCUCGCUUCCUCACGCCACUUCUUUGAUUUCGAUGCGAGACUUAGAAAAGCUCCACCACCGCCUCCCUCGCUUCCUCACGCCACUUCUUUGAUUUCGAUGCGAGACUUAGAAAGUCAGAAGACUAAGCUAAAACCGGCAGGAACAUGGCAAACGCUUGUCGCGCCGAUGGACGUUCGAGACAGUCUGAUGGCAGAGAUCAGGAACGCAGGCGGAUUGCGAGCUCUUCGUAAAACAUCCCAAAAUUGA